AUGUGGUUGGCAGAGUUCAGGCACCAUCGGUUGCCUGCACACCUAUCAAAUCGGCGAGGAACCGCAACCAUCGCCGCCCGCCAUGUUCUUUUACUGUGGAUGUUAUGUUCCUACUGGCAAUUCACAGUGGUGACCAGCCAGAACUUCAACCCAACUGUGAACACCCAGUUUGGGAAGCUGAGGGGCCUCCGGGUCGCAGUGCCAGGUGAGGUCCUUAAACCCAUUGACCAGUACCUUGGAGUGCCGUACGCUGCCCCUCCCAUUGGGGAGAAGCGCUUCAUGCCCCCAGAGCAGCCCUCCUCCUGGUCAGGGAUCAAGAAUGCUACCCACUUCACGCCUGUGUGCCCUCAGAACAUCCGCAACACAGUGCCCGAGAUCAUGAUGCCCAUAUGGUUCACCUAUAACCUGGACACAGUGGCCAACUACAUUCAGGAUCAGAACGAAGACUGUUUGUAUUUAAACAUCUAUGUUCCAACAGAGGAUGGUGAGUGGAACGGGUAAAAUAGACCAAAGGGACAAUCCAUGCUGUUUACUGUAUUGGCCUUGCUGUCACCUUGCGAUCAUCAUGUUUAGAGCAUGCAGUAGUUAUCAUUGUGCAUUCCAUUUGUGCCACCCCAAGUUGUUUUCCCAUCCAAAGUCAUGUCAUCAACUACUCUUCACCCCUUAAGUGUUGGCUCCCUUCCUUGUGUUCUGUAAGAGGAAAAUGCAUUCACACACUGAUAUAAAACUUAUUCAUGUGUCAGACAACUAAUAAUUUAAAGUCAGAAUAUAGCCUACAGCAUUUCCUAACCUAACUACUGGGAAUAGGCCAAUAGGUGUGAUAAAUGAGAUUCAAACAUUUGUUAGGCUGAUGAAAUAUUUAUUAUUGUGCGCUAGAGGUCUGUUGUUUACAAUGUGAGCGCCUUAACAGUGUAAGAAUCUGUGGUGCAAUACAAUUAUAUAUUUUUAUGUUAUGGAUCUGUAGAUCAAUAUUAACUGGACAAAAUCAGAGCUGCUUGAUUUCCAGUAAACACUUUUGUGAUUGAUGAACACAUUUCCGUUCCUUAAUUUUUUUGUACAGUAUUAGGGUUCACACAAUAUACAGACAGAGUACAUGUGAAAAUGGACUGUGUACAACAUUGUGAAUUGAUUAUGAUUUUAUUUUAUUAAUAUCUCUAACCCCCUAUCCCACUACCUCCCUUUAGUUCCUAAGGUGAUUCAAAGUGGACCUGGUUGGGAGUUGGGUGCCUGCAUGUUUCUUAAAUUUUUCAGAGCCUUCUGUUAUUUUGUAGUCUCUCAUUCAUUUUUCAGUCAAAAGAAUAUCCAAGGAAUGUGCCAGAAAACCCAACAAGAAAGUAUGUAGAGAAGAAGGUAUGUAAGCUAACAAAGGAGUUUAAAGGAGCAGACUGACUUGGGAGUCGGCUCAAAACCAAGAUCACAACAUCAUCGUCUUUGAAAAUUAAACAGAGUUAAACACAGCAGACACCGAUAAAUGUCGGUCAGAGGUGUGCGUGUGUGUGUGUGUGUUCAGAGAUGAAGUGUGUUCCUGAGAGUAAGAUUAUUCCACACAAUAACAUCCACCCAUGACAUCUUUAUUUGAAGAACACAUUUAUUUCUAUACAAUUUCAUUUUUUAUUUGAUUGGAAAACCAUCUAUAAACAAAUCAACAUAUUGACUUCAAAAGAUGCUGUUGGUACAAUAUGUAAAUAGCCUAUUUUUUCUGAACGAGUCAAGACAAGGAAAAGGAGACUAGAUCAUAUUUCCUCCCUCUGCUUAAAGAACAGACAUGCUUACUUCUUUUUACAGUAAUGCCAUUUUUGACUGAUUUCCUUCCUUGGUGGUCAAUCGUGCUAUUUUUGAAUUCUCUUGUUCUUUCUUGUUUUUUCCUCCCUCUAUGUGAAUCCUAGCGACCCAAAUCAAGAGUCAAGGAGCGGAUUUCUCUCACAGUGACAGUGAAGGUAUUUUUGGUGCUCAAAGUUUAAUGCACAACUUUUAAAUUUUUGAUAUUUCCACAGAUCUUUGAUUUCUUGACAAACCUUUUACACUUCAGAAGUAGUUAAACCUUAGUUUAUCAGUUGGCAUGCAAAGUCAAUAAUAAGUCACUUGAAUCUCUCAGCACCUUCUCUAUUUCACUCUUAAUUGAUUUGAUCUGGACAUAUCAUAUCUGCAGUAUUUUUUGUGUCAUGGAUUUUUUUGGGACAAUUAAAUCUUAUUUUGCCCUCUAACAGCCCCCUGAAGACAAAUGUAGGUAUGCUGGUCGAUUUGUCAUUGAUCCCAAAUGUACUGUACUCCAUUUGUACAAUGGGUUAUUUCUUGUCUCUUUGUGCCUAUACCAGGGGAAGGCAACCCUGUUCCUGGAGAGCCACAGGGUAUGCAGGAUUUUGCUUUAACCGACCUGGAAGACCAGGUGUGUUGAAUUUAGUAAAUCACUGAACUGAUCAAUUAGCUCAGUUUGUCAGUUAAAUGAUAGACACAUUUCAUCACACCUGGUCUUUCAGGUCGGUUAAAGCAACAUCACGCAUACCCUAUGGCUCUCCAGGAACAGGGUUGCCUUCCCGUGGCCUAAACCAAUCAACAAAGAGCUUAUUUUUUUCAGCACUAUACAUUUAAUGUGAGUGCAAUAAAUGCACACAUACAGUACCGCUUCAUGUUUUGAAAAGUGACCAUUUUGCUGUGUCUUCUAGGGAUCACAGACUGUGAUGUCUAUAACCAACUGCAUCUUAUCUCAAAGUCUCCUCCACUACACUCUGCGGGUCUCAUGGGAAGAGCGUACUAGUGACUCAUGAGGAUGAAGCUAUUACUAUUCACUACAUACCGUGCUGUUCAGGAGAUUGGUGUCUUUGUUAUUUUAUGGCAACUCACGCCUCUCACGUUGACAUAGAACUUACAAUUCAGGUCAUAUGCCUUAUUCUGACCAACAAACUAGAUCAAAUUGUUGUUGUUGUUUUAGAUGCAGAGAAAGUCAGGUACUGCAAUUUAACCACUAAUAUGACAAAUGCACAAAAACCACCACCUUGCCUGAAGAAGCAUGCUCUGUUGAACACAUAGUGAGCAAAUAUAGUAUGAACCACUUUAGAGAUACUAGAUGUGUAAAAAGUAUUGCUAAUAAUAGAAUAGUAGUAUAUGGCUCUAGUAUGAACACAGUUUUGUGGGGGCAAAAGAGUGAGCUUGACAUAAUAUAUAGAUAUUUUAUUUAAUUUUUUCUACUGCACGUUCCUUGUUCGGCCUGUAUGAUGAGUAUCCUUGCUUUGCAUUCUUGUCUCCAUUGGUGCGUCACAACCACGACCCUAAUCACCCAAGCACAUCUGCUAAAAUUGAUGCCAUUACCUUGAGCUUACCUUCAGCUUUAGUGGUGUAAAUGUUGCUGAGUCUAGUUUCUGAGAGGGGUUACAGUAUUCUGAUGUUGCAUUGCAUUACCUUGCCUGUAAAGCUUUACUGUACUAAGCGUAAGUGGCUGAUUCUCUCUGCAGACAUUCGGGACACUGAGGCUAGGCCUGUGAUGGUCUACAUCCAUGGAGGAUCCUACAUGGAGGGGACAGGGAACAUGAUUGAUGGGAGUGUGCUGGCCAGCUAUGGGAAUGUCAUCGUCAUCACUCUCAACUACAGGGUCGGAGUACUAGGUAAUGGGAUCCUCUUACUGUCUCUGAAUGGUGUUUGUGGACAUGAUUUUCAGCCUAGAAGAGUACAUACAGUACUGGCAUAGGAUUGAGAAAUGUUCUUCUUCGCAUAACGUUGAUCUCCCAACAGAGAUCCUGUUAAAGUUAGAGUUCUAAUAUGUUAUUCUAUGGAUCUCCCCACCAGAGUUUAUGAAUUUGUUAAAUUUCUUUGACUUGCUAUAUGACUCAUUUUCUCCUGAUGUAUAAUGUAUAAUCCCAGGUAUUUUUUAGUAUGUUGAUAUUGUAUUGAUGAGGGAGUAAGAUUAGAAAUGCAACAAUGUAAUGUCCUCAGUCAGCGGGCAAUGGUUGUGAAUAUCCAUCACCUUCUACUUCAUAUACAAGCUACAAUAUUCCAAAACACUGUUUCAAUUACUGUUCAAUUUUUUUGGGGGGAGGUGAAUUUAUCUAACCUGCAGAGAGAUUGAGCGCUUUUGGCAGCCUAUAUGAUUUAAAUAAGAAGGGAUGCAGGAGUCACAGCCAAGGUCGAGAAUCUUUCUUGUAGGAGUGACAUCGCAGCUGUAACACUUCAUCUAUCUGCCCCCCUCUCCGUGAUUGAUACUGGUGCUGUCUUGGCUCUGCCCCAAGGUAGACUGCCUCUAUACACACAGCAUAGUGGAGAAAAGGACAAGUUGCAACUCAAGGAGCCGUGCAGCAAGAGUGUCCUUAUGAGAAGGGUCAAUGGUGUCAGAAACAGAAGAGGGUUGUGGAGGUAGAGGAGAAGAAUGAUGUUCUGAGAAUGAUGUACCACCUCCAAACUACUUCCCGCGGCUAUGGUAUGCUGAACCACAGAUAAAAGUGUUAAAGAAAUAACCUAAAUAACACUGAUAUCCUCUUCUGUACAUUCCAGGGUUCCUCAGUACAGGUGACCAGGCAGCUAAAGGAAACUAUGGACUCCUGGACCAGAUCCAAGCCCUUCGUUGGAUCAGCAAGAACAUCGGCUAUUUUGGAGGAGACCCGGGUCGUAUCACUGUCUUUGGAUCUGGGAUUGGAGCCUCCUGCGUCAGCCUGCUCACACUGUCCCACCACUCUGAG